AUGCCGGACGAAAAGAAGACCAAACCCACGGCGAUGAAGCAGCGGCUUUUCGGUCCUCCGGUUCCGGUUACACCCGACGAGGAGAAGAAGGAAUUUCCGUCCUCUUCAACACAUCCAAACCCGCCGGCUUCCGUGCCGCAAUUAUCGACGGAUACCGCCGAACGGGAAGUUGGCCAGCCAAAACCCUCGCCCCCGCUCGAAUCACCAUGGUUCCAGAAUGAGCACGAGCCGGAGGAGGAGCCAAAACCGUCUUCUUCCGGCACUGUGUCGAUUUUCGGCAACGCGCCAGGUGCCCCGGGUGCUAUUCAGCAAGAACCUGGUGAGGAAGAGCCGGAUUUCGGCCCGGAAAUGGCUAACCGGAAUGAGGAUCAGGGUCCCGAAUUGGUCGCCCGAGCCAACCAUCAACGCAUUUUUGAUGAUGCCGAUGAAGCGCAGCCCGAGCGGGAGCAAUUGGAGGCCAACCACUGGGCCCUGAACGAGCAACGCCCCAGAAAUCUGACGGCCGACGGGGAGCCCGUUGUAAAUGAAGACGGUAGCUUCACAUUACGCGGCUACGAGGUGCUGAAUAAUUGCCAGCAGUUUUUGAGGAAUCUGCAACUGGGAGAAAACCGAGUUCCGCGCCUGUACUAUGGAGAUGAGGCCACGGAUGACCUGGAGCAAGUCCCUGAGUGUUCGACUGCUGCCUCUACUCCAAGACGUCUGAUUCCGGGCACCUUCCCGGCCAACACCUCUCAUGUACUGGCGAUUGGUCGGAAUUCGAGUUAUUCGAAUCCAGAACACCGUCCAGCCAACGCCGUCGAGACGAAUAUGCUGGGCUGGCAGGCCGAGAAGGGAUCUUUGAAGGAACGCCUCUCCUUCAUGUACUGCAACGACAUCCUUGCCGAUGUUUACUUCAUCGUCGGUCAAGGGGAUAAUCAUCAGCGCAUCCCGGCCCACCGGUUCGUGCUCUCCAUCGGUUCCGUCGUGUUCGAUGCGAUGUUCAAUGGGAGGCUGACUCCGAAGAAUUCUGGCCAAGGUCCUCAAGAAAUUGAGCUCCCCGACAUCGAGCCGUGCUCCUUCAUGGCGCUGCUACGAUUCCUUUACACUGAUGAGGUCUCGAUCGGACCCGACUCGGUGAUGACCACGUUGUAUACAGCCAAAAAAUACGCCGUUCGGGCCCUCGAAAACGCUUGCAUCGACUUUCUGAAAGAAUCCUUGGCGCCGGACAACGCCUUCAUGCUUCUUACUCAAGCUCGAUUAUUUGACGAGCCGCAGCUUGCCGAAUUAUGCCUCGAGACGAUCGAUAAGGACACCGUACCGGCCUUGGAUGCGGAGAGUUUUGUCGAAAUUGAUCACGACACGUUAUGCCUGGUCCUGGGACGAGAUUCACUACGCGUUCGGGAGGCACAGCUUUUUCAGGCAAUCAUCGCGUGGGCCACCGAGGAAUGCGGUCGGCGAGGCAUCCCGCAAACCUCAGAAAAUAAAAGAGCCGUCCUUGGCCGGGCCCUCCCUCUGAUCCGAUUUCCGCUGAUGACCAUUGAAGAGUUUGCCCAAACUGCCGCCCAAUCCGGUCUGUUGAGCGAUCGCCAGAUGGUGGAGUUGUUCCUCUACUAUACCGUGAACCCCAAGCCGGCCACGCAUUUUAUUGAGAGACCCAGGAGUGUGAUGGUCGGCAAGGAGUUUGUGGUGACUAGAUUCCAGCGUAUCGAAGGGCGCUGGGGCUACAACUUCACACCCGAUAAAAUUAAAUUUACGGUCGACAAGAAAAUCUACGUCGUUGGAUUCGGCUUGUACGGAUCGAUCCACGGUCCUCAUGAAUAUCAGGCUACCAUUCAGAUACAUCACUGCGGUACUGGAAAGCUGUUGGCCCACAACGACACCACAUUCCAGUGCGACGGCUCGCAGAAUACGUUCCGAGUAUCGUUCUUGAAGCCGGUUGAGAUAAUCCCGAGCAUCACCUACACGGCCAGUGCUUGCUUGAAGGGCCCCGACUCGUUCUACGGCUCCAAGGGACUACGUCGCAUUGUCCUGCAGCCCAGCUCGCAGACGAACAACGUCACUUUUCAGUUCACCUACGCCGCUGGCAACAAUAACGGCACUUCAGUGGAAGACGGCCAGAUCCCCGAAAUAUAUUUCUAUCGUAGAACUUUG